AUGUCAGUUGUAAGAGGAGUAUUGGCACUUUUGCUGACAGUUGCGCUCGUAUUGUGUUUCACCACACAAUCAGCCUUCGCUGCUAAACAACAAAGAUACAAACAAGAAUUGCAAGUUUUGGCAGAUCAACUCAUGAUGACAUCAAUGGAUCAUCCAUCAUUUGACAACCAUUGUGAAAUGGUAUUGGCUGACAUGGAAUCCUUCAACUUUGACAUUGAAGCUGAUGAAGUCUUGUUGGAAUAUGUCUCUACUUUGAGUGAUGCUGAAGCUAGAGCCCUCUCCAAGAGCAUGUUUAGAUUUAGAAGAGUUUUCAGAAGAGUUGGAGGUUUUAUUAGAAAGGCCGCCAGAGUUGUUGGAAAGGUUGCUAAAGUUGCCAUUCCAAUUGCUGCUACUGUCUUUACUGGUGGUGCUGGUGGUGCAUUGCUCGGUUCAAUGGGAAGUUUUGGAGCUGGUUUGGCUAAGGGAGCUGCUCUCCUUUCUAAAGCUGGAUCAAUUGUUGGAAAGGGACAAGCUAUUCUUGGUGGAUUGAAUAAGAUUACAGGUGGUAAAUCAAAGCUCUUGAAUAAGGGUCUUGGAUUCUUGAAUAAGGUUUCAGGAGUUGUUGGCAAGGGUCAAAUGUUCUUAGGUAGAGGUACUGAUAUCCUUUCUGGUUUGAAGGGUUUAUCUGCCACUAAUUUGAAGGGAUUGGCUUCAUCAUUCAAGCCAUCUGAAUUGUUCAAGGGUGCUAACAUCUUCCAAAAGGGUCAAAACUUCCUUGGAAAGGCCUCUCAAUUGGUUGGUAAGGGACAAGAAGUUUUCCAAAAUUUGAACUUGAUUACCAAUGGAAAGAGCAAGUUUGUUAAUAAGGGUUUGGGCUUUUUGAAUAAGGCUCAAACUUUCACUGGUGUUGGAACUGAUGCUUUGAAUGGUAUUAAGGGAGGUGUUGAUUCAUUGAAGAAUUUGAAGAAUUUGAGAGGUGCCGAUUUUAAGAAAUUGUUAACUCUUGAUGGUCUCCAAAAUGGAAUUGGUAAAGUUCAAGAAACUUUGGGUAAGGGACAAGAUUUCCUUGGUAGAGUUAAUGACUUGACUGGAGGUAAGAGUAAGGGUUUGAACAAGCUCAUUCAAACUUUGGGUAAGGGACAAGCCAUUAUUGGCCGUGGAAACGACAUUGUUUCAGGUGUCAAUGGUGUCAAGAAUAAUAUUCAAAAUAUGGAUCCAAACUUGUUCAAGAAUUUAUUCUUGAAGAAUGAAAAUGGAAAGGUUGCUGUCAAUCCAGAAGGUGCUAAGCAUUUCUUGGGUAAAAUGCAAGGAAUUUUAGGUACUGGUUCUGGUAUUUUGGAAAACCUCAACAAGGUUACUGGUGGUAAAGCUGAAUUCAUCAAUAAGGCCAUGGAAGUCAUCCAAAAGGGUCAAGAUUUAACCUCAAAGGGACAACAAGGUGUUGAAAAGGUUGAACAAUUCUUGAACACUGAAAAUCCACUUGAAAAGGCCACCCAAGUUUGGGAUGCUGUUCAACAAAUUGCUGGUGCCAUGAAUAAUGGUCAACAACCAACUGAUGCUGCUGUUGAACAACCACAACCAGAUCAACAACCAACUGAAACAACUCCAGAAAUUGAUCCUGCAACUGCUUCCGGAUAA